AUGGAUGAUAUGAAAGACAGAAGUAUACAUUUUACUGCUCAAAAACUCACUGAAGAUAUACAAAAUAUGCCCUUGUAUCAUAACUUUUAUACAGAUUUACAGAAAUUAGUUUCCUCUUCAUCAGUUAAGAAAGGUGAUUUUCGGAAUUCUUUAAUGGAUGCAUUAAGGCAUUCAGGAAUGGGAACAGAACUUCGAAACUCAAUUUUUCAUUGGAUAAGAGCUCAUAGCAAUCAUUUGCAUAAUCAGCAUGCUAAGGAACCUUUAGCUUAUUUAAGAAAAGCUCAAAUGCAAUGGGAAAAAAGAAUACAUAAAUCAUUGAAUUCAAUGAGUAAUGAUUUGGGGGUUCCUUUGUCUCGUUUUAGAUUAGCAUCUGAUAGAGAUGAAAUACAAGAAAAAUGGACAGAACUGUCUACUUAUGAUGUAGAUCUUUCUCAAUAUCGACCUGUAUAUGCACCAAAAGAUUUUUUAGAUGUUCUUAUGUCUAUUCGUAGCCCUAAUUACAAUUUAAUUAGAACCGGUGGAAAUUGGGAUUUUACUCAGAUACCUUUAAAAGUGAAAACAUUGUCUGAUCUGCGGGUUUUAUAUAAUGAACUGUCUCGAGGCGAACCAUUUUUGGGUCUUGAACCUACCUUAAUUAUGAAAAUUAUUUUUAAAGUUCUUUCGAGUAAGCAUGCUCCAACAGCUCAAGAAUUUUUAAAAAAGGGAUGUCCUAAAAGUAUUAGAGGAAGAAUUUGGUCACAGGUUUUGGGUUCAGAACCGAAAGCUCAACACACUGAAUAUUUUUCAGAAUUAAAAUCUUUGGUUUUGCAAUAUGAUUUGAUGAUAGAUAAACUUGUUAUAAAAGAUGUUCAGCUUACUGCGUCUAACGAUGAUCAGUAUUUUGUUUUUGAAGAUGUCCUUUAUCAGGUGAUGCUUUGUUUUUCAAGGGAUGCUGAUGUCUUAUCAGUAGUGCCUCAUAGUUCAAUAUCUAUUGAAAAUACUGUUGCUUACCCUCCAAGCGGAGUAAUACCUUUUCACGGUUUUACCAUGUACGUGAAUUUGUACCACACAUUCAGAGCAUUUUAUUUAAGGUAUUGGUUUAGACUUCACGAGGUUUCUUCACACGAACAAAGCAUAUUACCCCUUUGUUUAUUAUUUGAAAGAUUGCUUCAAAAACAAGAACCUCAACUUUGGCUUCAUUUAAAGUUAAUUAAUGUUCAGCCAAUUCGAAUUGUAUUUAAAUGGAUAAUGAGAGCUUUUAGUGGACAUUUACCUCCAGAACAACUUUUGUAUUUAUGGGAUUUAAUUUUGGCAUACGAUUCAUUGGAGGUUUUGCCACUUUUGGCUGUGGCAAUAAUUUCUUUUCGAAAAAAUAAUCUAUUAAAAGUUGAUACUCUUCACAAUAUAGAGGAAGUAUUAGCGGAUCUCUCUUCUAUUAGAGUUAUGUCUCUAAUUCAUUUAUGCUUGUUGAAAGAAUUAUAA